AUGCCUAAUGGUGAGAUAACUGAGUAUUUAUCUGCAGACGGUGUUGAUGGAAAGAGCCUCACUUUGAACAGCAUAAUGGAAUCUCGUAUUGUGGGGCGAGCUCAAGAAAAACAACAUAUAAUUGAACUGAUAUCUCAUCAAGCAACUGAAAAGUUUCAGGUGAUCUCCAUUUGGGGAAUGGGUGGCCUUGGGAAAACCACUCUAGUGGAAGAUAUCUACCAAAGCAAAGAACUCAGUGACAAGUUUGAGGAGCGUGCUUGUGCCACAAUUUUGCGCCCUUUCAGUCUUGUAGAGCUUCUUAGGAGCUUAGCUAUGCAACUUUACACAGAAACAUCUGAAAUAAAGCCUGUGGUGGCAAUACUGGUACGAAAAAAGAGAUGCCUUAUUGUUCUUGAUGAUGUAUCAUCUACUGCAGAAUGGGAUCAGCUAAUACAACUAGAUAGUUUCCUUAUGAUGGAAAAUACAAGCCGAAUCAUUGUCACAACAAGGGAGAAGAUUAUUGCUCUACAUUGUUCAGAGAAGAAACAAGAAAAUAUAUACAAGCUUAAUGAUCUACCAUACAAGUAUGCACGUGAGCUCUUCACUAAAAAGGUAUUUAAUGAGAUUAUAGAUUUGGAUAAGCAAUAUCCACAGCUAGUUGAGCCAACCAAAUUGAUCCUGAAGAAGUGUGGCCGACUGCCGCUUGCAGUAGUCACCAUAGGUGGCUUUUUGGCAAAACAGCCAAAAACUUCUCUCGAGUGGAGGAAAUUUUAUAAUCAUAUCAGUGCCGAGAUGGAGAUGAAUCCAAAGCUUACAACCAUAAGAACCGUCCUUAUGAAAAGCUUUGAUGGUCUACCGUACCACCUCAAGUCUUGUUUCCUGUAUACAUCUAUCUUUUCUGAAGACCGUAAGCUUGAACGGAGACGCUUGGUGCUUCGGUGGACUGCGGAGGGGUACUCAAAGGAGGUGCGUGAUAAGUCGGCAGAGGAAGUAUCAGAUGGCUACUUCAUGGAACUUAUAGGCACGAGCAUGAUACUGCCAUCUCAAAAAUCAUUUCACAGUAUAAAAGGAAUUGAUUCCUGCCAAGUCCAUGAUCUCAUUCGUGAGAUAAGCAUCUCAAAGUCUGUGGAAGAAAACCUUGUAUUGAGGCUGGACAAAGGUUGUAAGCUGAAUAGCCAGCAGGGCAGUGCACGCCAUCUUGCUAUAAACGGCAAUUGGGAAGGAGAGCAAAGUGAUUUUGAGAGGAUGGUGGAUAUACCCCGUGUACGGUCAGUAACUGUUUUUGGGAAGUGGAGGCCAUUCUUCAUGUCGGUGAAGAUGAGGAUGCUACGAGUUGUGGACUUGGAAGACACGACAGGUCUUGUCGAUCAUCACAUUAAACAUAUUGGGAAGCUUCUUCACCUAAUAUACUUAUCUCUGAGAGGAUGUAAAGAUAUUUAUCACCUGCCAGAUUCAAUUGGUAACCUGAUACAACUCCAGACACUGGAUAUCAGAGGUACAUCCAUAGUGAUACUGCCGAGAAGCAUCGUCAAGCUUCGGAAGCUGCAAUAUCUUGGUUGCAGUAACAAGCUAAUUAGUUCACAGCGUUAUUUGGAGGCAUGCAUGUUUUUUUGUAUUGGACGUUGCAUACCUUGUGAAGGAAUGGAAAAACAUGACUCCAACCAGCGUGAUGUAUGCACCUUCACAUGCUGCGCGGCAAUCCCUGUUCUGAUGAGUGGGUAUGGCAAUGGUGGUGGCAUGAGGGUGCCAAGAGGGAUCAGGACGAUGAAUGCCCUGCAUACGUUACAGGGCGUGGACCUCCUCGCAUCCGGAGGCAUUGCUUUUCUGCGGAACAUCAAAGGACUCAUGGGGCUGCGUAAGCUUUUUUUUUUUUGA